AUGAGUUCGCCACUUGCCAAAGAUUCCUUAAACCCAGAUUUUAAUAAAGCACCAAAAAAACAAAUGAGCUCUUAUUCUCCUCGCUAUUCACCAUUACCGAGAAGCCCGACAAGAGAGUACUUGGAAUUAGCCAAUCAACGAUACCAUUGCUUAAAAACACUCAGCAGAAAGAAACAAUUGUUGAUCUUGGAUCUGAAUGGAACACUUGUAUCUCGAACCGGCUCAAAAGGAAUGUACGUCCGACCACAUCAGGAUGAGUUUGUAGACUAUGUCUUUGAGAACUUCCAAGUGAUGGUAUGGAGCUCUGCCCAGCCAGUGAAUGUAGACAGGAUGUGCCGGAUGUUUGAAGACCACAGACCAGAGCUUGUGAAGGUCUGGGACCGUACUUAUUUUGGUCUGACACCAAAUCAAUACAACAAGAAGAUCGUGACCAUCAAAGACCUCAAAAGAGUCUGGUCUGCGUUCGAUAAUGGAGAAUACGAUGCCACAAAUACGAUUCUUUUAGACGAUUCUCCCGAAAAGACGGUCCUACAGCCUUAUAACAGCGUCCAUCUCACGAGCUUUGAUCAUCUUUCGAGUACCUUUCGCGCACAUGGAGAGAGUGAACUGCUGGCGGUUAUUAGUUAUCUUGAAAAACUCAGAAAGGUUGAUAAUGUGUGCAGCUACAUCCGAGAACGUCCUUAUAUCAGCCCUAGUAUCAAUCUCAAUAAACAAGAACAAGAACAAGGACAACGAGAACAAGAACAACAGAAUGAAAAUGAAAAUGAAUUAGAAAACUUAUAUAAAGACAAUAGCUUCUAUUGUUAUCAUUAUGAGUUUUUAAAUCCUGAGGCUGGGCGAAAGAUGUACUGCUUGGAUGGUAGUAAAAGCAAAAAAUCAAAUGACAGGCCAGUAGACGUUUUGGAAAACAGAAUGGACUCUAUCCGUUUGUAA